AUGUAUACAAAUAACAAUACAAAUUAUAAUAGCAACAAUAACUACAGUUAUAAUAAUGGCGAUUUCAACCAUAACAAUAACAACGGUACAAAAGGUGGCUUUAAUUUAGAUUUAAAUUAUCUUAAUAAUUCAAACAAUUUAAAUAAUGUAGAAUAUAAAUUUUUAGACUAUAACAAUAAUAACAACCACAACAAUAAUUAUAAUGAUGGUAAAAAUAAUAGCAAUAAUAACUAUAAUAAUAACAAUUAUAAUAUAAAUAAUAAUAUAAAUAAUAAUAUAAAUAAUAAUAUAAAUAAUAUAAAUAGCAAUAUAAAUAACAAUAUAAAUAACAAUUAUAAUUAUAAAAAUAGCUAUAAAAAUACCAACAAAUUUAAUAAUAUAAGAAACUCAUAUAAUAGCAAUAAACCAUAUAGUACAGGUAAUGAUAAUGAUAAUAAUAAUAAUAAUAGAUCAUACAAUCAACGAGAUAGGGAAUAUGAUAAAACAGAUGACAGAAAAGAUAGAUCACAAUAUGAUAGAAAUGAUAGAUCACAUAAUCGAUCCAAGCCUUAUGAUAGACCACCAAAUAAAGUUUAUAAAAAUGAUAGUUUAAAUAAAAACUUUACAUUACCAUCAGUACUCAGAGAAAGAAAAGAAACAGAUGAAGAUAAAAUAAAAAAAAGACAAAAGCAAAUUGACUUUGGUAAAAAUACAUUAGGUUAUGACAACUAUAUAAAAUCAGUGCCAAAAGAUAAAAGAAAAUUUACAGAUCCCAAAACACCAGAUAUAUAUCAAAGCUGUAGCAGAAGAAGUUGGGUUGGCCAGGUAAAGAAAUGGAGAAGGCUGUUACAUGAAUACGACCCUAAUGGUUCAACUAGCGAUUUAGAAGAUGACGACGACGAUGAUAAUGGUAAAGAAAAUGGAAAUCAAAAGAAACCAAACAACAAUGCUAUUGAAAGUGAAACCAUAGAAAAGGUGAAAAAAGACAAUACCCCAGAGGGAGAAGGCAAUGCCAAUGGUGAUGAUAAUGAUGACGAAGAGGAAUAUGAUAUCGGGGCAAACCAAAAUUUCCUCGAGAUGUUAUUAAAAAAUACACCACAGGCUUAA